AUGCCUAGCAACCAGGGAUUCACGUACAAGAGCUCCGGCACCAACAACGACGGCAACCACUACUGCGCCCGCGACUACGGCAGCAGCGCCUCCAACCAGAACUCGUACCACUACUCCAACACGGACGGUUCUUACUACUACUCCAACCCCAACGGCAGCACCUACCACAACAACGGCCAGGGCGGCUCGACCUACACCUCGCCCAGCGGCGACAAGACCCAGUCCGGCUACGGCGGUUCGGGAAAGCAGUAG